AUGAUUGGCUCUGGGGCUCCUCUUCCUCAGCGCCUCAGGCUCCUUUUCUCCUUAACUCUACACUGCUUCUUCCUGCUUUUAGCUGGGACCUUGGCCAACAAACUCAAUGUGCCACAAGUGUUAUUGCCCUUCAGCCAGGAGCCAGGCCGGGUGCCCUUCUUGUUGGAGGCGCAGCGGGGUUGCUACACCUGGCAUUCCACUCAUCACGACGCAGUUACCAUUGAGCCUUUAUAUGAAAAUGGCACCUCCUGUUCCCAGAGGGCUGUUCUUGUUGCCCAAUCCACCCAACCCGUACGUCUCAGCAGCAUUAUUCUUGCUCGCGAAGUGGUGACAGACCAUGAGCUGCGCUGUGACGUUAAGGUCGAUGUGAUAGACAGCAUUGAAAUUGUGUCCCGGACCCGGGAGCUGUAUGUGGACGAUGCGCCCCUCGAACUGAUGGUGAGGGCCCUGGAUGCUAAAGGAAACACAUUCAGUACUUUGGCAGGCAUGGUGUUUGAAUGGAGUAUCGCCCAGGAUGACGAGUCAGCAAGAGGAGAGCUGUCUAGCAAAAUUAGGAUUCUGAAAUUCUCGGAAGCAGAGUAUUCUCCCCCUGACUACAUAGCUGAGAUGGAAAAGGACGAGAAACAAGGGGACGUGAUUCUGGUGUCUGGGAUGAGGACUGGAGCUGCUGUUGUAAAAGUCCGAGUUUACGAGCCGUUCUACAAGAAAGUGGCAGCGUCCUUGAUCCGCCUGCUUGUUCUGGAGAACAUAUUUCUCAUUCCAUCCCACGACACGUAUCUCUUAGUUGGAGCCUAUAUUAAAUACCGAGUUGCAAAAAUGGUUCAGGGGAGAAUGACAGAGGUGAAAUUUCCCCUGGAACAUUAUACCUUGGAAUUGCAAGACCACAUUGUUACAGAUAAUGGGCAUCCGUCCGGAAAAGUGGCUGUCCUGGAUGAGAAAACAGCUGUGGUGACUGCUCUCCAACUGGGUCACACUAACCUUGUGUUUGUCCACAAAAAUGUUCAUAUGCGCUCUUUGACUGGACUCCCUAACUCUACCAUAUAUGUAGUAGAGCCUGGAUUUUUAGGUUUCACCAUCCACCCUGGGGGCCGCUGGAGUCUGGAGGUGGGGCAGGUGUACGUCAUCACAGUGGAAGUCUUUGAUAAGAGCAGCACACGGGUCUAUGUUUCUGAGAAUCUCAAGAUUACAUUCCAGCUUCUGAAGGAGUACUUUGAAGAGCAGCUAAGCACUUCAAACGGGUCUUACCAUGUAGUAAAAGCCCUGAGAGACGGAGUUGUGGUGAUAAGUGCGAAUCUGACGUCCAGCCUUCAGGAGAGCAACAGUUCUCAUCCUCAAACGUGUCAAAUCAGUCACCAGCGAGAGGUGAGGAUUUACUUUCCUAUCCAGCUCAGACCCAGCGUUCUAGCGUUUCCACACCAUCCUCUGGGAAUAGUAAAUCGUUACAGAGUUCAGGUAGAGGGCGGUAGUGGCAACUUCACCUGGACCUCUUCUAAUGAACCUGUGGCCAUGGUCACCACCAAAGGAGUGGUAACUGCAGGUCAGGUGAGAGGGGACAGCACCAUUUUGGCACGAGAUAUACAAAAUCCUUUUCGAUCUGGAGAAAUGAAGGUAUAUGUCAUGAAGCUGAACAAAAUGGAACUGUUACCAUUUCAAGCUGACGUGGAGAUCGGCCAGAUUAUUGAGGUCCCCAUCGCUAUGUACCACGUAAACACAGAGACCAGAGAGGCCAUCGCAUUCACAGACUGCUCUCACUUACCUCUGGGUCUCAGCUCAGAGAAGCAAGGAGUCUUCACUCUUUUCAAAGAAGGUAUCCAAACACCUGGACCAAGGCACUGCUCUAGUGUGCACAUAGCGGCCACCUCUCCAGGCCACACUCUGGUGACAGUCAGCGUGACUGGGCAGGAAGAGCUCGUGUGGAGCAGUGCCACGUUUGCCGCUUACGAACCUCUAAAGGCUGUAGACCCUGUGCAAGUGGCCUUGGUGACAUGGCAGUCUGUGAAGGAAAUGGUAUUUGAGGGGGGCCCUCAUCCAUGGGUCUUGGAGCCAUCCCGAUUUUUUUUGGAGCUGAGCGUGGAGAAGGAAGAAGGCAUCAGUGUAACAGAAGUCCGGUUGCCAGCUAAGAGGAAACAGAACCAGUACAUCUACCGAGUCCUGUGCCUGGAGUUAGGGGAACAGGGUCUCACUUUACGGAUCGGAAAUCACCCAGGUGUCCUUAACCCUAGUCCCUCAGUGGAAACUGUGCAGGUGCGCUUCAUCUGUGCCCACCCUGCCAGUAUGUUGGUGACACCAGUGUACAAGGUGCCUGCUGGCACCCAGCCAUGUCCUCUGCCACAGUACAACAAGCAACUGAUUCCUGUGUCCAGCUUGAGGGACUCAGUCCUGGAACUGGCAGUAUUUGACCAACACGGGAGGAAGUUUGAUAAUUUCAGCUCACUAAUGCUAGACUGGAGAUCUUCCAAUGAGACGCUGGCCCAUUUUGAAGACUCUAAGUCAAUGGAGAUGCUAGCCAAAGAUGAUGGCCAUGGGCAGACCCAGCUGCACGGCCAUCAGAUCCUUAAAGUGCAUCAGAUAAAGGGGACUACGCUCAUUGGAGUCAACUUUGUGGGCUAUUCAGGGAAGAAAAGCCCAGAAGAAAUUUCCAACUCACCAAGAUCUGCGACAGUUGAAUUGGUCCUGGUAGAGGACGUCACAAUACAGCCUGAGGAUGCCACCAUCUACAACCAUCCUGCUGUGAAGGAAAUAUUUAACCUUGUGGAAGGAUCUGGCUACUUUCUGGUCAACAGCAGUGAGCAAGAUAUUGUCACCAUCACUUACACGGAAGCAGAGAGCUCCAUCCAGUUGGUUCCAAAGCAUCCUGGAUUUCUCACCCUAGAAGUGUACGACCUGUGCCUGCCUUUCCUGGGGCCAGCAACGGCCCAGCUCAAAGUGUCAGACAUACGAGAGGUGGAGUUGGAUCUGAUUGAUAAGGUUGAGAUCGGCAAAACCGUGUCAGUGGUUGUAAGGGUUCUUGGCUCUUCUAGACACCCUUUCCGGAACAAGUACUUCAGAAACAUGGAUGUCAGGCUGCAGCUGGCAUCUGCCAUUGUCACCCUGAGACUAAUGGAAGACCAGGACGAGUACUCGGAAAACUACAUGCUCCGUGCUGUCACCAUUGGACAAACCACACUUGUAGCCAUCGCCACAGAUAAGAUGGGGAGACAGUUCACAUCGACACCUCGGCACAUUGAGGUGUUUCCUCCGUUCAGACUUGUUCCUGAGAAAAUGACAUUGGUUAUAACAAACAUGAUGCAGAUAACGUCGGAAGGAGGCCCUCAGCCGCAGUCCACCAUUCACUUCUCUGUCAACAAUCAGACGGUAGCUGUUGUUAACCGCAGGGGCCAAGUUUCCGCAAGAGAGGUUGGCACAGCUGUGGUCCACGGCACCAUCCAGACAGUGAAUGAAGACACUGGCAAAGUCGUUGUGUUCUCCCAGGAUGAAGUCCAAAUUGAAGUGGUCCAGCUCCGGGCUGUUAGGAUCCUCGCAGCUGCGACUCGCCUCAUCACAGCCACUGAGAUGCCAGUCUAUGUCAUGGGGGUGACUAGUACCCAGACUCCCUUCUCCUUCAGCAAUGCCAACCCCAUGCUCACAUUCCACUGGUCCAUGAGCAAAAGGGACGUGCUGGAUCUGGUACCCAGGCAUUCAGAGGUGUCUCUACAGCUUUCAGCUGAGAACAACUUUGCCAUGGUUGUUCACACAAAAGCAGCUGGCAGGACCACGAUCAAGGUCACUGUCCGCAGUACAAAUAGCUCCUUCGGACAGUUUGAGGGGAAUCUGCUGGAACUGUCUGAUGAGAUUCAGAUCCUGGUGUUUGAAAAACUCCAACUUUUCUAUGCAGACUGCCAACCCAAGCAGAUUCUGAUGCCUAUGAAUUCUCAGCUGAAGCUCCACACCAACAGAGAUGGCGCAGCCUUUGUGAAUUCCCGUGUUCUCAAGUGUUUCCCUAAUUCCUCCGUCAUUGAGGAAGAUGGAGAGGGGCUCCUGAGGUCUGGAUCCAUUGCGGGCACUGCAGUAUUGGAAGUCACUUCUAUAGAACCUUUUGGAGUCAAUCAAACGACCAUAACUGGAGUCCAGGUGGCACCAGUGGCAUACCUUCGGCUGAGCAGCUACCCCAGGCUAUACACGACCCAGGGAAGGACGCAGUCAGCCUUUCCUUUGGGCAUGUCUCUCACCUUUAUUGUUGAGUUUUAUAAUAACAUUGGAGAGAAAUUCCACACCCACAAUACUCGGCUCUGUAUGGCUCUGAACAGAGAUGACUUGCUGCUGAUCGGACCAGGGAACCGAAACUACACUUAUAUGGCCCAGGCUGUGAACAAAGGGGUGACAGUUGUGGGACUUUGGGACCAGCGGCAUCCUGGCAUGGCAGACUAUAUUCCUGUUGCUGUAGAACAUGCCAUUGAGCCAGACACCAAGCUCACCUUUGUUGGAGAUGUCAUCUGCUUCAGCACUCACCUCGUCAAUCAGCACGGGGAGCCUGGGGUGUGGAUAACCUCCACCAACAGUAUCAUACAGACAGACACUGUCACUGGAGUAGGAGUGGCUAGGAGACCAGGAACUGCAACCAUUUUUCAUGACAUCCCUGGAGUCGUGAGGACAUUUCGAGAGGUGGUAGUCAAUGCGUCAUCAAGAUUAACACUCAGCUAUGACUUGAAAACUUACCUCACCAAUAACCCCAAUGCAACCGUGUUCAGACUCUUCAUCAGCACAGGCAGAAAUGUCAACCUCAAAGGAUCCUGUACCCCAAGUCAGGCUUCGGCUGUUGCAAGGGUUCUUUUUCCUGAGACCCUCAUGCUCUGCCAUGUGCAGUUCAGCAAUACUUUACUGGACAUUCCAGCAAGUAAAGUCUUUCACGUCCACUCAGAGUUCAGCAUGGAGAAAGGCGUGUAUGUCUGCCUAAUCAAAGUUCGACAGAAGUCAGAGGAGUUGCGCCAAGUCCUCAGUGUGGCAGACACCUCAGUCUAUGGGUGGGCGACUCUGGUCAGUGAACGUGGCAAGAAUAUGCAAAGAAUCCUUAUUCCUUUCAUCCCUGGCUUUUACAUGAACCAAUCAGAGUUGGUUCUUAGCCAAAAAGACACUGGAGAGCUAAGAGUCCUGGGAGUGGAAAGAGUUCUCGAGAGCCUAGAGGUCUUCCCCAGCUCCCCAUUUCUAGCGGUCUCCGGCCACAGACACUCCACCUUCAUGACCGGCCUGAUUAUCUACCGAGUGAGAAUAGUCAACCUCACUGCCAUGCAGCAGAUGCCAUCACCUGUUUUCAUUAAUGUCUCCUGUGCACUCACCCAUCAACACGAGGCUGUGAUAGUUAGAGCAAAGGCAACAUCUGCUACAGAUCACUGUGAAGAUUCAAGUGUCUUCAAGAAUUUUGUUGGUUCUUACCAGAUCCUCCUGUUCACCCUCUUUGCUGUGCUGGCAUCAACUGCUUUCAUCUUCCUAGCGUACAAUGCCUUCCUCAACAAGAUGCAAACUAUUCCAGUUGUUUAUGUGCCAACUAUAGGAACAGCUCAGCCAGAUGACUUCUCUGUGGCCGACUGCACUCUCACCGUGUAA